CAUUUAAUAUUAAUAUGUCCGAUACAUAUUCAAUAUAUACCACCUCAAAUUCGUGUUUUGGUAAUUAGAAACGACCGAAGAAAAAGAAGAUGGAGAAACUAUGCACAAUAUUAAUUCUUCUGCUUUCUUUCUCAAUCUCGGGCCUUGUUGUGACGACAAUAGCACAGCCCGUUAACGGCGAAGGGCCCGAAGCAGUAGAGCAAUGGUUCAAAGACCUUCCGAAUGCAAAGGAAAAAACAACGAAACUCCACUUCUACUUUCACGAUAUCGUAGCUGGCGAUAACCCGAGUGCUGUUACAGUCGCAAAGCCAAAUUCCACCGUCGUUUAUCUGACGAAUUUCGGGCUAGUACGAGUGAUGGACAACCAGUUGACCGUUGGGCCCGAGCCCGAUUCGAAGAUCAUCGGGCGGGCCCAGGGAAUCUACGCCUCGGCUUCGAUGGAGGAAUUCGGUUUGCUAAUGACGCUGAAUUAUGUGUUCACGGAUGGGAAAUAUAACGGUAGCACGCUUACUAUAGUUGGCCAUAAUCCGAUAUUGAAUGAGUAUAGAGAGAUGCCUAUUGUCGGCGGCUCUGGUGUUUUCCGGCUGGCGAGAGGCGUCGCCACCGCGCAGACGGUCUGGUUUAAUCUUACCUCCCAAGAUGCUAUUGUGGAGUAUGAUGUCAUUGUCUUGCAUUAUGAUUUUUGAUUGCUUUUUUGAUUGAUUUUUGAUUGCUCGAUUGAUUUACUAUUAUUAUUUUUAUAUUAUUGUUAUUUGUUGUUGUCCGGCUUAGCGUUUUUUUAUUUUAUUUCAUCUUUUAGUAUGAUGUUAUUGUAUUGCAUUAUUAAUUUCAAAUUUCUAGUUCCUUUCAAUAAUUAAAUUUGUGUUCACUUUGAAUAAUUAAUAUGGUAAAUUCCAAUUUCUCCA